ACUCUCUCGUUUGAUUGGCGGGUGCCUCUCCUCCUCUCUCUCUCUAUUUCUUCUCCCCUGCGUCCUUGACUUCGCCGCUGUCUCACUCACAACCACCAUCCGCUCUGCUCUCUGAGAGUGGCGAAGCAAGCGAGUUCUUUAAGUUUCUGAAACCAUGGGGCGGAGGCAUCUUUUCUUGGUGGCCACUUGUUUGUGUGCUCUCUCAUGCGCCACGCUGCUUGAUGCUUCCUCUAACGACGGGCUGCUAAGGAUCAACCUGAACAAGAAGACAUUGAACUAUGAAUCUCUGACUGAAGCCAAGCUGGCGAGGCAGCAGGACAGCCGUCGACUGCUGAAGACCGGUGGCUCGGACAGCGACAUCGUGCCUCUUGUCGACUACCUCAACACGCAGUACUUUGGGGUGAUCGGCCUCGGCACGCCACCGCAGAACUUCACUGUGAUAUUCGACACCGGGAGCUCCAACCUCUGGGUUCCCUCGUCCAAGUGCUAUUUCUCGAUAGCGUGUUACCUCCACCCCAGGUACAAAUCGAGCAAAUCAAGCACUUAUAAAGCUGAUGGAGAGACUUGCCAAAUUUCAUAUGGUUCUGGAGCAAUCUCUGGAUUUUUCAGCAAUGAUAAUGUGUUGGUUGGGGAGCUUGUUGUGAAAAACCAGAAAUUCAUUGAGACGACGCGUGAAUCAAGUGUUAGCUUUAUCGUCGGGAAAUUUGAUGGCAUCCUUGGCCUUGGCUACCCUGACAUCUCAGUUGGGGAAGCCCCUCCAGUAUGGCUGAGCAUGCAAGAGCAGAAACUGCUCGCUGACAACGUCUUCUCAUUCUGGCUUAACCGGGAUUCUGAUGCACCUUCUGGUGGCGAGCUCGUCUUCGGUGGCAUGGACCCAAAUCACUAUAAAGGAAACCACACCUAUGUCCCUGUGAGCAGCAAAGGUUACUGGCAAUUUAACAUGGGUGAUCUCUUGAUUGAUGGUCACUCCACGGGCUUCUGUGCCAAUGGCUGUGCUGCUAUUGUGGACUCUGGGACUUCCCUGCUGGCUGGACCAACUGCUAUAAUUACUCAGGUGAACCAGGCAAUUGGAGCUGAGGGAAUUAUCAGCACAGAAUGUAAAGAAGUGGUGAGCCAGUACGGAGAGAUGAUCCUCGAGUUGUUAGUAGCACAGACACAGCCACAGAAAGUAUGCAGUCAGGUCGGUCUGUGUUUGUUUGAUGGUACUCACUCUGUCAGUAAUGGAAUCGAAUCUGUUGUUGGUCAAGAAAAUGUUGGCGCGGAUCUUAUGUGCACAGCUUGUGAGAUGGCUGUUGUGUGGAUAGAGAACCAGCUGCGCGAAAACAAAACACAGGAGCUGAUAUUGCAAUAUGUUAACCAGCUGUGUGAGCGCCUACCGAGCCCUAAUGGAGAGUCAACAGUCAGCUGCCAUGAGAUAUCUACAAUGCCGAAUCUUGCUUUCACCAUCGCAAACAAGACAUUCGUGCUAACGCCAGAGCAGUAUAUUGUGAAAUUGGAGCAAUCAGGGCAAACCGUCUGCAUCAGUGGGUUCAUGGCGUUCGACAUACCACCACCACAGGGUCCUCUCUGGAUUCUUGGGGAUGUGUUCAUGGGCGCUUACCACACUGUGUUUGACUUCGGUAAAGACAGGAUCGGAUUCGCAACAUCAGCAUGAGGAGUCAAGAUCGGUGUGAUGUCGCUAAAAUAUCCACGUAUCCUAGAAUAGUUUGGGUAUCCACGACACGAGCCCUGCUGUAAACUGUUGAUUGAUAAAAUGCUGAAGCAAAAGAGAGAGCCUUUUAUUUCUUUCUUAGACAAAGAAUAAAUUGAUAGCUAAUCUCUGAGGAAAGUAUGUUUGAAUCCAUUAUGGUUAUUGUUGUAAAAUGAAGAUUGGAGUGUAUGCAUGUAUAGCGAGAACUGAGAUGAAAAUAUCAAACACAUGGUUUGUACAAAUAUAUCUGUAUUCUUGAACAGAGAAAUAUGUAUAACAAUCAAUGCAAUAAUAUGCUGCUUCUCUCAA